AUGCGCCGCGCUGCCCUCCUUCUUCUGCUUCUGCAUGCUGCGAGCGCGCAGUACGGGUACGGGCCGUACGACGCGCCUGCAACCACUGCAGCGUCCCCGAAGCCUACGGCGGCGGCUGCUGCCGCCGGAGACGACGACGCGAGCUACGGCAUCAAGAUCUCGCCGCGGUCCGCGGUCGUCGCGCAUGCCGUCUGCGGCGCCCUCGCCACCAUGCUGCUUCUUCCCGUGGGCGUUAUGGCCGCGCGAGCCCCCCGCGCCUUCACCGGCAAGCGCUGGUGGUUCCCGCUGCACGCGGGCGUUCAGGCGCUCGCCGCCACGUUUGUGCUCGCCGCCUUCGGGAUUGCGUGGGCGCGCUUCACGCUGCACCCUGUCAACACGCCGCACCGCAAAGCGGCCGUCGCGUUCUUCGCUCUUGUGUUCGCCCAAGCCCUCCUAGGGCUGUGUGUGCACCUGUUCCGCAAACGCGGCCGCCGUGGGCCUGGCAACUACGCCCACUGGGGCCUGGGGCUCGCCGUCGUCGCCGUCGGAUGGACUGUGGCGUGGCUUGGCCUUACCACCGAGUGGCAGUAUCGCGGGCACGGCAAGCCCGCGUUCGGAUGGAGGGUCGGCUGGGGCGUCGUUAUGGGUCUUUGGAUCCUGUUGUACGCCGCUGGCCUCGCACUGCUUCCGCGUCAGCUAAGGCGUGAGCGUGCCGCGGCGGCUGAGGAGCGCGACGCAGAUGUCGCACCCCUCCAGUCCCCGAAUAAGAUCAGCUAA